AUGACAGUAACCGCAUUUGCUGCCGCAAUGCACAGACCCUUCUUCAAUGGAUACGCCACCAUGCAAGAUGCGGGCAAGGACGCGUUCAACCAAUUGGGUGGUGUUUUCAUUAACGGACGUCCGCUGCCCAACAAUAUACGCUUAAAGAUUGUCGAAAUGGCCGCCGAAGGUAUACGUCCGUGCGUAAUAUCCCGUCAGUUGCGCGUCUCACAUGGCUGUGUUUCGAAAAUUCUCAAUCGUUACCAGGAAACCGGUUCCAUACGUCCUGGUGUUAUUGGCGGUUCGAAGCCGCGCAUUGCAACACCAGAAAUUGAGAAUCGCAUUGAGGAGUACAAGCGCCAAAAUCCAAGCAUAUUCUCGUGGGAAAUACGUGACAAACUGAUACGUGAUGGCAUAUGCGAUCGCACAACAGCACCUUCAGUCUCGGCCAUUUCCCGCUUGGUGCGUGGACGUGAUGCCCCCGGCGCCGAAGAUGAUGGCCAAAAGACCAACUCAAGCUCCGAACAUUCACACAAACAAUCUGAUGAGGAAGCUUCCGAUUGUGAGAGCGAACCCGGCAUUGCCUUGAAGCGAAAGCAACGACGCAGCCGCACCACUUUCACCGCUCUGCAGCUGGAAGAGUUGGAACGCGCCUUCGAACGCACGCAAUACCCGGACAUUUACACGCGCGAGGAACUGGCGCAGCGCACUAAUCUAUCCGAGGCGCGCAUACAGGUGUGGUUUAGUAAUCGACGUGCGCGCUUACGCAAACAAAACACCUCUGGGCCGUCGUCGAUGAGCGCUGGCGGUGGUGUUAGCGGCAUGGCAGGCGGCGCCGGCGGCGGUGGUUAUGUAUCUCAUCAGUUUCCACCAGUUGCUGCUGCCGCUGCAGCGGCGAAUAAUUACGCCGCGGCUGCGGCAGCGGCAGGCAUGUUGCCCGCCGUUUCGUCGGAAGCUACGGCAAUGGCUGCGGCAUAUCAGCAGCAAAUGUACGAUUUCUAUGCAGGCCAUCCCGCGCCAGCCGCGGCGGCAAAUUUAUCGACGAGCGCGUCCGCGGCCGCGGCUGCGGGUACUACUUCGAUGACACCGCCACAUCAAUUUUACGCUUCCACAUAUAAUUUGCCGCCGCAUAAUUUACUAGGCGCUGCCGGUGCGACUGUGGCAUCUGCGAGCGCUAGCGCGCAGCACAGCGUGGAAAUAGGCGGAUCGCUGCAUGCACAAUAUCCAUCGAUAUCGCAGUUAAUGCGCUCCAACAGUAACAAUAACAACGACAACCAAAUGAACUCGUGUCAAAGCAAUAGCACGCACCAUCUAUCUUACAUCGCAACAGAAGCUGCGACGGUGACGGCGCAAGCCAUGUCACGCGAUGAGAGUCCCAAUGCAUCGGUAUCACCAGCUUUCGGCGCCAACGGUAAUAGCAAUGGCAUACAGCUUCCGCCCACUCCCAAUAGCUUAACAGCCGUCAAUGGCAACGAACAGCACAAUGCUAGCGGCAAUAUUGCUGGCCACACAGCGUCCGCUGUUGAGGAAUUACAAGGCACAUUAAAGGCAGAGUCCCAGCAAAUGCAGCAUCUCUAUACCAGCUGGAAUGCAUCAAUGACACAACAACAUUCGUCUUCGAAUGCGGCUAAUCUCGGCGGUGCAGCCACACGUCCCACAGCACCACUCUCACCAGAGGACUCGUUGAACUCGAGUUCAUCACAUGUACCCGAGGCGUCGGUAGCGGCGGCGCAUAUGAUGUUCCAUCAUCAGCGUGACUUUACGCAUAAUCACUCGCAAUGCGCACCACCGGCGCCGCAAUCUUUCCACGCGCACCCGCAUGCCCAUCAUCAUGUGGCUGCUGCCGCCCAAUAUGCCUCAUCACAUUUGGGUUUCCAUCACGGUUCGACGCCGGCCAGCAGUAUGGGCUCCACGACAGCGGCUGGCAACUCGUCCCACUUCAUGCAGCAGAAUUUCGGAAGUGCAGGAUUCAGCUCGCCACCAAAGAUGAACUAUCCGGCUGUGCCACAGCCAUUCUAUCAUUCCUGGUACUAA